GUAGUCGAGCGGAGUCGGGCAGCCCUUCGCGAAGGAAAAAAAUAGAAAAAAAUUGAGGGAAAAAAAUCGGUGAAUCCAAGGGGUUCGGGCGGAUUUGGACGAAGUUUCCGAACUGUCCCGGCCCGGAGGAGCCCUGGGGGUUGAAAGGGAAUCGCCAGCACCGAAAUAAUGGAAGAUUCCCAUUUCAACUCAUCAUACUUUUGGUCUCCCGUACCAACAGUACAAGGACAGAUUGAGAACGCCAUGUUUCUGAAUAAGAUGAAAGAGCAGCUGGGGCCAGACAAGGGCACUGCUUUUCCUCACUCAUCCGUGGCGCAUUACCCCACCGCGGUGCUGACGGUGCCAGGCUCAGUCUCCAUGGACACAGGAGCCAUCGGGAGGUUGCCGAAGCAGGAGGGUGGAGGAGGAGGAGGCGGGACAUCAGGGGCGCAAAUAACUGGAUUGGGAUCACACCUGCACCCACCUCACACAUCCCAGAACAUCACGGUGUUGCCCGUCCCGUCUACUGGCAUCAUGACGGCAGCGGGGUUAGUGAUCACGACUCCUCAGGGGGCGCUGGUCACUCCUUCUGCCUCCUCUCAGUCUUUUGUUUCUGAACCGCCCACAACAACCAUGAUUGUGUCCGCUUUGCACCCAACAAACACAGAGGCUGUCCGGCCCCCUUCCCUCUAUCUCCACAGCCACUACAAGAAAGAAGACGGCAGUAUUCCACCUGCCGUAGUCAUGCCACUUCCCUCAAAGCGGGGCAGAAAGAAAAAGUCCAUGAUGCCGAGGGCGGGUCCGGUUUCAGCCCACGCACUUGCCACAGGAAGUGAUGCGCUGAUUCUUGCACACCUGGCCGCUGGAGGACAGCAUAACACAAGUGACCCAUACGACCUUUCCAAUGAUGAGGAUGAUCAUCAAGGCAAAGAUGGGAACAAGUCCUACAGGUGCCGGAUGUGUGCGGUGACGUUCUUCAGCAAAUCAGACAUGCAGAUUCAUGCCAAGUCACACACGGAGGCGAAGCCACACAAGUGUCCUCACUGCUCCAAAUCCUUCGCCAACUCCAGCUAUCUGGCGCAGCACAUCCGCAUCCACAGUGGCGCCAAACCCUACACCUGCUCCUACUGCCAGAAAACCUUCAGGCAACUCAGCCACCUACAACAGCAUACACGAAACCACACCGAGGGCAAACCGCACAAGUGUCCUCACUGCUCCAAAUCCUUCGCCAACUCCAGCUACCUGUCCCAGCACAUGCGUAUCCACAACGGCGCCAAACCCUACACCUGCUCCUACUGCCAAAAAACCUUCAGACAGCUCAGUCACUUACAGCAGCAUAACAGGAUUCAUACUGGCGAUCGGCCAUACAAGUGUUCCCAUCCCGGCUGUGAGAAAGCUUUUACCCAACUAUCCAACCUCCAGUCUCAUCGAAGACAGCACAACAAGGACAAGCCAUACAAAUGUCACAAUUGUAACCGUGGCUACACAGAUGCGACCAGCUUGGAGGUUCACUCGUCGACACAUACGGUUAAACACGCCAAACUCUUCUCCUGUGGCCUCUGCAACCGCGCCUACACAUCUGAGACGUACCUGAUGAAACACAUGAGAAAACACAACCCAGACGCUCUGACGGUAGCAGCUGCAGUGGCUGCCCAGCAAUCCCAGCAGGGCCACAAUCCGGCUCAGCCCUCGGGCACAGGAAGUGGCAGGGGUCGUGGGCGAGGAAGGGGGGCCGGAGCUGCAGCGGCGCAAGCACAGAACCAGCCCAACCCCGCCCCGCCAACCAGUUACUCUGUUACAGAGGGAAUACCCUGCCCUUUCGACCUGCAUCAGUACAAGACUGUGUCGGCUGGAGAGAUCCAGUACAAACCGGUCACCGUGGCCGACCUGACGGCCCACAAAGACCUCUGCCUCACCGUCUCCACCUCUGCCAUCCAGGUGGAGCACAUGAACUCGUAGAGGAACGUGAGGAAAACGAGAGCGAGGAGGAGAGAUGAGGAGAAAUGGACCAUGAAUAGGGAAGGAAAUAAAACACUGCCUUGGGACAGAAGAAGAUUUCCAAACUGGCAGGAGGGGAGGGCAGGUUUGCAAAUUAAGGAGAAAAGGAGAGAUGAAGGAGAGGAGCGCAUGAACUCUUAAGAGUUGUCUUUCUUUAGACUUACUCUGCAGUGUCACAAAAAAGGCCUUAAACUGUCAUAGUGGCCAUUUUCAGUUAGCAGUUAUAGAAAUAUACAAUUCCCAGCCCCAGUGCUGUCCCUUUUUCAACUUUAGAGUGCCCCAGUCGGGUUAUGGAGGUACAAAUCCCAUUCGUGUUCUUCAUAUGAGAAUUGAUUUUUGAUGAAUACUUUUUGAUAAAGACAGCGCAACUGUGAGCUACAAGGUUGUUUAAGGGAUAGUUUACCCAAAAAUGAAACUUUUGUCAUCAUUUAUUCUCCCUCAAGUUGUUCCAGACCUUUUUGUUGAACACCAAAGUAGAUAUUUUAAAGAAUGUCACCACACAUUUGCAAAUAGC